AUGGCUGAUCCGGCCGAGCUCGAAAAGUCCCGUCUCGCAGGAUCGAAUCAAGCCGAUGCCCAGCUCGUUGCAGAGUUCGGCUACAAGCCUGUCUUCAAGCGAGAAUUCGGUUACCUGUCCACCUUUUCGUUCGCCGUCAGUAUCAGUGGUCUGUUUUCGACAGUCAUGACCACCAUGUCAUAUCCUCUCGAAGCGGGAGGAAGUAGUGCGGUGGUUUGGUGUUGGCUGAUCUCGGGUGCCGGCUGCAUGUGUAUCGCGUGCUCGGUCGCUGAGCUUGUGUCCGCCUAUCCGACCUCUGGAGGCUUGUACUUUACAAUUUCGAGACUCGCUCCGCACGAUUGGGUUCCUUCGAUCAGUUGGGUGACUGGUUGGUUAAAUUUCCUCGGCCAAAUAUGCGGUGUUGCCUCGUCGGAGUAUGGUGGAGCGCAGAUGCUCCUCGCCAUUGUUGCCAUGUGCAAGGGCCCCGAUUACGAGAUCAAGACCAGUACGACGGUGGGUGUGAUGGCUGCUUUGACUGUCCUCACCGGCCUGGUCAAUUCGCUGUCGACAUACUGGAUGGAGAAGAUGACCAAGUUCUAUGUCAUCUUCCACGUCUGCAUUCUUGUCGCGUGUUCGAUUGCCCUUCUUGUCAUGACUGACGAUAAGCAUGAUGCUUCGUACGUCUUCACUCAUGUCGAGGCGACGACGGGUUGGAAGCCCAUUGGGUUCAGUUUUCUGUUUGGUUUCCUAUCUGUUAGCUGGACCAUGACGGACUACGAUGCUACGGCGCACAUCACCGAGGAAAUCAGCAACCCCGAGAUCAAGGCCCCGUGGGCGAUUUCUCUGGCUAUGCUGUUUACGUAUCUCGCUGGAUUCUUGUUCAACAUCGUUCUGUGCUUCUGCAUGGGCAACCCCACCGAGAUCCUCAACUCUUCAAUGGAGCAGCCAGUUGCACAGAUCUUCUACAACAGCCUUGGCAAGGGUGGUGCAAUCUUCUUCACAAUUUCCGCCCUGAUCAUUAUCAAAUUCGUUUGCUUCACGGCCAUGCAGUCGCUGGGUCGAACCGUCUUUGCCUUCUCUCGUGACCGCAUGCUGCCCUUUUCCAACGUCUGGGUCAAGGUAUCCCCCUACACUGGAACGCCCCUGUAUGCCGUGUGGAUUUCGGUGGUUUUCUGCAUUGCGAUCAACCUGAUUGCUCUUGGUUCAUACACUGCAGUCGACGCCGUUUUUACCCUUUGCUCCAUUGCCCUCGACUGGAGUUACUGCAUUCCUGUUCUGUGUAAGCUCGUGUUUGGCAAGUUCAAGCCCGGACCCUGGCAUAUGGGCAUCUUCAGCAACGCGGUCAACGCCUGGGCCUGUCUGUGGACACUGUUUGUCAGCAUUAUCUUCGUUCUGCCUACGGAGCGCCCCGUCACUCCUGACAACAUGAACUACGCCUGUGUGUUCUUGGUAUUUGUCUUGCUGUUUGCCCUGGUGUACUGGUUCAUCAGCGGCAAGCGCUUUUACCAUGGCCCCGUCACCGAAGCAGUUGUAGCAGAUUCCGCCUCCGAAAGCAACCAAGCCGGCGAGAAGGAUAAAGAUGGACCCGCGAACUGA